CGGAGCGGGGAAAGGCGGCCCCGUCAUGGUGGCCCCGGAGGGGCUGCGGGAGAUGGAGGGCAGCGCGCUGCGGCGUCUAGUAGGACGGGAGGAGGCGAGCGGCGGACGCUGCCUGCUGCUGGACUGCCGACCCUUCCUGGCGCACAGCGCCGGCCACAUCCGCGGGGCUCUCAACGUGCGCUGCAACACCAUCGUGAGGCGGCGGGCCAAGGGGGCGGUCAGCCUGGAGCAGAUCCUGCCGGCCGAGGGCGAGGUGCGGGCUCGGCUGCGCGCCGGGCUCUACACCGCCGUGGUGCUGUACGACGAGCGCAGCCCACGCGCGGAGGCCCUGCGGGACGACAGCACCGUGGCCCUCGUGCUGCGCGCGCUCCGGCGCGACAUGGCGCGCGCCGACAUCCGGCUGCUGGCAGGAGGUUACGAGCGUUUUGCCUCAGAGUAUCCUGAAUUCUGUGCUAAAACCAAGACCCCAACCAGCGUUUCGCCCCCCAGCAGCGCCGAGUCCCUGGAUUUGGGCUUCAGUUCAUGUGGGACCCCCCUUCAUGACCAGGGUGGCCCUGUGGAAAUCCUUCCCUUCCUCUACCUUGGCAGCGCCUACCAUGCGGCACGACGGGACAUGCUGGAUGCACUGGGCAUCACAGCCCUGCUGAACGUCUCAUCUGACUGCCCCAACCACUUCGAGGGGCACUACCAGUAUAAGUGCAUCCCUGUGGAAGACAACCACAAAGCUGACAUAAGCUCCUGGUUCAUGGAGGCAAUUGAGUACAUCGACUCGGUGAAAGAGUGCUGUGGCCGAGUCCUUGUCCACUGCCAGGCUGGCAUCUCCCGCUCAGCUACCAUCUGCCUGGCCUACCUGAUGAUGAAGAAGCGCGUCAAGCUGGAAGAGGCCUUUGAGUUUGUCAAGCAGCGCCGGAGCAUCAUCUCUCCUAACUUCAGUUUCAUGGGGCAGCUGCUGCAGUUCGAAUCGCAGGUCUUGGCCACCUCAUGCGCAGUGGAAGCUGCCAGCCCCUCAGGGACACUGCGGGAGCGGGGCAAGACCACUUCUACCCCUACCUCCCAGUUUGUCUUCAGCUUCCCCGUCUCCGUUGGUGUCCAUGCCACCCCCAGCAGCCUCCCAUACCUGCACAGCCCCAUUACCACGUCACCCAGCUGUUAGCUUGGGGCUAAGGCCAGCCAGGCAGGUAGCACAGAGGGGCACAGAGCCCCGGGAUGUUAAGCAAUAGUGCCGGACACUGCCAUUGACCCUGGACUCAAUGUCUUUUUCAUAGAGCAAUUUCUUACCUCAUCUCGUACUCUUUUUUUUUUUUGCUUUUUAUGUUGUGAAAACCACAAACCUUGAUGUUGUCCAGGCUCUGUUUUGGGGGAGGAAAAAAUAGUGUACCGGGUUUCCUGAAGUGCCUGGUCUGCAUCUCUUCCCAUCUCUACUUUAUUACCUUGUUUUUCAGGAAGAAAAAAAAACAACAACAAAAAAAACCCCUCCCUUUCCA